GCACGCUAUACGGCCAACCGGGAGCCCGCAGUUCGUGACCUCAUUCGAGAGUACCACAACAUUUUUCCAUCGUCGUUCUCGUACGCUGGCAUCCCACCGAUGCGCGACGUCGAGCACUCCAUCCAGCUUGUGCCUGACUAUCGUGUUCACCACCAGGCACCCUACAAACUCUCGAUCCCCAAGGCCACUGAACUGAAGCGUCAGCUUGAGGAGCUCCUGAGACUGGGUUUCAUUAAACCCAGCAACUCCCCGUGGGGUGCACCCGUCCUCUUUGCUCGCAAAGCGGAUGGAACUCUCCGUCUCUGCAUCGACUAUCGCGGCCUCAACCUCUACACUGUUAAGAACAGCUACCCCAUGCCUCGUUCCGAUGAGUUGUUUGACCGCCUAGCAGGCAACCGCUUCUUUACGAAGAUUGAUCUUCGUAGCGGUUACCAUCAGAUCCGCGUUGCUACAGCCGACCAGCCGAAGACAGCGUUCCGAUCGCGCUUCGGCCACUACGAGUUCAUGGUGAUGUCAUUCGGCCUCACCAAUGCACCCUCUACCUUUCAGAGGGCGAUGAACGACAUCUUCAGGGACAUCCUGGUCUACAGUCAUACCCUUGAGGAGCACCUCCGACACCUCCGCGACGUCCUUGACCGCUUGCGCAGACAUGGCUUCUACGCCAAGCUGAGCAAGUGCCGCUUUGCCCAACACAAAAUGGAUUUCUUAGGACACUAUGUGUCCGACCAGGGUCUCCACAUGGAUGACGCGAAAAUCACUGCUAUUGUGGAUGCACGUGAGGUCGCCGACAUCGUGUUUGACCGAGUCGUGCGUGACCACGACUUACCUCUGAGCAUCAUAUCUGACCGUGACCCGCGCUUUACCGACCAAUUCUGGCGACGGCUCUACGAGGUGUACGACACCCAGCUCCGCUUCUCCUUGUCUUACCAUCCUCAGACUGAUGGUCAGACCGAGAUCACGAACAGGAUUCUCGGAGAUAUAUUCCGAAAGAUUGUUCGUGACGACCAGCAGUGGGACCUCCAUCUUGCCCACACGGAGAUAGCCUACAACCACGCCGUCUCGCCAGCCACGGGGAUGUCGCCUUACUAUUGCGACCUCGGCUGUCACCCUCAUGUUCCCGCGGACUUCCUUCGACCGUCACAGAUGCACCCCGACACGAGUUGUCCCGCGCUGGAUGAUUGGGUUGCACAUAUGACGUCGAUCAUGAAGACCGCACAUGAGCACAUAGCCGCUUCCCAGACUCGCAUGGCAGCACGUGCGAACCGAUCGAGGAUGGAUCAUCCAUUCAAAGUCGGUGAUGAUGUGCUUAUCGACACCCGCCCCUUACAGCUCGAAGCAAACACGCUUCACAAGUUUUGGUGUCGCUUCUUUGGCCCAUGCCGCAUCCUCCAGGCCGUCGGUUCUAAUACGGCAUCUAGCACGGCCAGCUUCCGUGUGAAGCUGCCCGACUACCUACGUCAGGCUCGUGUGCACGAUGUCUACCACGUCUCCUUACUGCGUCCUUACCGCAGACCGUCUGAGCGUUUCGYUGGACGACCAUACGAGCGCCCUCCACCCAUCAUGGUGGACGGYCACGAGGAGUUCCUCGUUUCAGACAUCAUUGGUCGCCGAGUCACUGACGACAACCCUCCCCACAUUGAGUAUCUCGCACGUUGGAAGGGUUACCCUCAUGAGGAGGCUACCUUGGAGCCCCUCGAGCACUUGCAGCACACUCGCAUGUUGUGGAGGUCAAGGGGGGCGAAAAGCCAUGGCGCGAGGGAGAUGAAGUGCCUCUUGUGCAGACUUGUGUUCCCUGGCAACCUCGCACGCGCGAUCAAACACUUCACGAAGAAGAGGCAGGGAUCACGGUGCUCGAAUGUAACCGCGGCGAUCUACAUGAGGCUGAGUGCUGCAGUGGCAUUGAAGAAUUGUGCGCUUGGAACUCCGUUGACAGAGGGACAACGUGCUGAAGUGUUGGAGGCGGUCUCCAACAGGACAGAUCAACUCCUUAGUCCUGUGCACGCAGUUGCCAGAUUGCUUGACCCCAGGUUGCGUGACAGAGGAGUGUUCAACGAUCCGACGUUGAUGACCCAAUUUCGAGGUGUUGUCGAGCAUCUUGUGCGGGGUCAGGGGACACCACAGUACCAGGAGUGCAUUGACUUCUUGUAUGCGUUCCAAAGGGAGCAAGGAAUCUUUGGAGAUUUGGAGGUGCAGCGCCGUGAGAGGAUGGACAGUGCAUUGGAUUGCGAUGAGGACGACGGAGCUGCUGCAGGGAAUGAAUGCACAAAUGGAACACUAACGGGGUCAGCAAUUGGAUCUACAUCUGUGCCACAACCCAUCUAUGGGGGCGGUGCCACAUCUAUAACACAAAGAGGCAGACUAAGAGAGUGGGAGGAGGGGGAUUGGAAUGAUGGGGAGUCAUCAUCAGAAUCAUCGGAUGAGGCGGAGGAUUUAGAAGACAUGUGGAGGUCUGAUAAAUCUGACUCAGACGACUCAUACACAAGGAGGGAGCACAUUCUUCCAUACAAGGAGGGCACAUGCAGAAGUACGCGAUUGGAGGAGCAACAGCAGGAUUCGGCACGACAACAACAACAACAACAACAGGCAAGAGCGGCAGCACCAGCAACAGCAACAGUAAGAGCAACAGCAACAACAACCACACGACCACCAGUAACGGAGACACCAACAACAGCUGCAACAGUGGCGGCAACAAGUGCAACUACACCACCAGCAACAAUAAUAACAAAAGCAACAGCAACAGCAGCAGCAGUAGCAGCAGCACCAGCAACCGCACCACCAGCAACAAGUGCAAUUGCACCACCAUCAACAACAGCAACAGCAGCAACAGCAACAGCAGUAGCUGCACCACCAGCAACAACAGCAACAAUCGGAACAACGACGACAAGCACAACUGCAGCAGCAGUAGCAAUAGUGGCGGCAGCAGAAACAACGGCAGCAACAACGGCAGCAACGACGACAACAUUAGCAACAGCAGCAGCAGCACCAUCCACAACAAAAGCAGCAGCAGCAAGAACAUCAACCACACCAGCAGCAACAACUCGAGCAACAACAACAGCAGUGGCAACAACAACAACUGCAACAACAACAACACCAACAGAGGAGCUGCAGCAACAACAUCAACAGCAAAAGCAACGUGAGCAGCAGCAGCAGCAGCAGCAAGAUCAACAGCAACAAUUGUUGGAGGAGCAACGACAUUCGCAGCAAGGGGCAUACGAGUAAGAGCAGCAACCGCGCGAGCCGCAGGCCCUGCCACUUCAGGCGGGUGGCAUCUCAGGCUUUUAUGGUUCAAGCCUCCCGAGCGCUACAACAAACAGACCAAUUCUAA